UUAUAUCACAGACCUUUUAUAUAGUGUUUAGAUUAUAUUAAUUGUCCUGUUCUUUCUAUUUAAUCCAUUACCAAAUUGCAUGUUGAAUUUUUUUAAUCCCUUAUAAAAUUUCAGUUAAAAAAAUUAUAAUAUUCUCUCUAUUUUCUAAUUAGUAUUUAUCAAAAAGAUAUAUUUGGGAUAUAUUUGCAGUAUUACUUUGUUUUACUAAGAGAUCCUUCAAGUAGUUGUUUGCUGUAAUAUACUCGUUUUGUAUGUUUCUAUCCAAUGUUACCAUUCGCCAAGUAUAUCGCCGAUUUUAAAAUGUCGAUUUUCCUUUCAGUAUACGGAUAGUGUCAGUCGAUCGAUAUUUUGAUAGACAUUAGUAGUAGACAUUAUGACGAAUGCGACAUUUUUAAUAGAUAUUAGAGAAUAGGGCCCCCUGGAAACUAAUUUUAAAGUAUUGCAUAUGUCCUGAGGAGGCUAGUAGAAUCGCAAUCGACACGGAGUAAUAAAUCAAAAUUUUAUGGGAGUUUUACAACACAGGCGGCUCAAACAAAAUCUGUGAUUUUAAACAUCCGGCAGUUAUAAGGUGUGGUGAUUUUAAGAAUUUUACCUGUGCCGCCCGGUUUUGUGGAACGUAACAAUGGGCUACCCUUAUUUUAAUCCCUUUUAUGACUGAUGAGCGCACGGUUGUGUAAAUUAGGGAGUAUUUGUUUGUAUUAUUUUUUUUUGUUACUGUUUUAAACUUAAUUAAUUGUAAUUUAACCGCCGGGAUGCUUGUUUUAGGUGAGUCCCCACGCCACUCACCCGUGGUGUGAGUAUAAGAUGGUGUGCUCGCCAGCGGGUUGAAAUUCAGAUCUGGCGCGCACCUACGUCACCAACGAGGCGAUUGUAGCGAACUGAUCUGAAAUAUUCCCGUUAUGCCAUUCAUUUGUAUGUGUUUCUGUUACGAGUUAGGUAAAUGUAUAUUGCGUUUUGUGUUUUUAUUUUAUUUUAGUGAAUGUAUAUUGUGUUUUUAUUUUAUUUUACCAUUUCAGAAAGGCAUUUUACUAAGUAAUAAUUCAUUGACUGGACUUUAUCACUAUUUACACAAUAAAUAUGACCUAAAGUAUAUUCUCACUUAUAUUAUAGACCAAACCAAGAUGUUCUUGAAUUUUUUUUUUUUUUUUUCAUGUAUUUACUUGCCAUUACUGAAGACAGUCUCGAAACGUGCCUACUCGAGCCGUGGCAAAAAAAGAUGACAUUGCAGACAAUACUCUGACUCUGAAAUCUGUUUAACCCAACAGUUGUUUAAAAAAAUUCUUUCAGAAGGCGAUUUUGUCGAAACAUCGAAUCUUUUUAGUGAAGAAAUGUUUUCUGACCAUACUUUCCAGAGUCCAGAUUAUGGAACAGACAAUUUUUUUCUGAAGAUCAUUACAAUCUUUUAAGGCAGUUAGAAAAAACAGAAUGCAGGACACCAUCUUUAAAGAAGGUCUAAAAUUUAUUGCUGGAUAUGUAGCUUAUAGAUUUAAAAGUGGAUAUUUAAAUUUAAAGUUGGUUACACCGACAAAAUUUUGCCAAACAUCCCAUGCCCCCGAUUGGAUCGAGUUUAUAUCUAGAGGCAACGUUAUAUAUCCAACUGAAGAAAUGUUGGAACAGAUUGAGACAUUUGAAUAAAAAAGUGAGCUUUGAAAAUUGUAGGCGAAAACUACCAAAAAAAUGUCAAAAUUUACAAAUAAUUAAUAAGUUAGUUCUGUUAUUAGUUUUUAUUUAUAAUAUUGUAUUUUUUGUUUAUUAUGUUUGUUUAUGUACUUGUAUUUUGAAAAACCCACAACCCUAGCAAGUUUCGUGCAAUUUCUUCUUGCUAGGUGUAGUCGAAAUUGCGGAUUAUUCACAUUAAAUCAUGUUAAGUAUCAUUUUCUUUUCUUUUUCGGACUGGGGUGACCAUAUAAGUACAGCAUUUUGCUGUAUUGUACAUACAAGUUUACAAAGUCUAUUCAGCAUUUGAUCUUGUACAGCUAAUCGAUGUAUUUGUCCAGGAGAAACGCCAUUAUUGUCCAGCAAUGUCUUACAUAAUUUAUUGAAACAAAUAAGACAAAAACGUAAUAUAUGACUCUCUCCAUCUCUCUGUACAUACCAUGACUUUGAAAAACGACAACGACUGCGGCAUAUCUUUUUUAUUUUUUAAACUUUAACGCUUAAGCAGCUUUUGAUUCCACAUUCCCAUUUUAAUAUAAUAAUUGUUUAUAUUAUUAUAUUACAAUAAAAUUUGACUAUUGUCGUCUAACUAUAUAAUUGGAUUUUUCCCUCUGAUACAUCUUAAUUUUAUACAUUUUGAGGGACAUUUUUUGUAUACAGAUAGUUUUCCUUACAUUUACACUCCAUAACAUUUUCCUAGUGCCUAAAUGAUUUUACAAUAUUUACUUUAUGUUGUCUAGUUUUGUAUUUAAAUAUGUAAAGAACAGUUGACUUAAUUGAAAACUCUAUCUGAUCAAGCCACAUACUUUGAUUUUCUUUUACUAUACGGAGAAUGGUCGCACUGCGCAGCUUUCUGAGUGCCUUUUAAAAGGAGAUAGAAAACUCCGCCAUUUUGAACCUUUAUUACGUGU